UCAUAUGUUUUAUAUGCCUGUAUCAAUAAACAAGCAAGCAAGUAAAACUUCCUUUUCCGAGAAGUAGAAUGAAUCAUAAAGUUCGUCAUACAAUCACAUCAAAACAAAGAUAGCUGUUUAAAGGAAAUAGUUUAAAACUUUUUUUGUUUUGUUUAUCACUUAGGUUUGUCGUAGUGGUGGGUUUUUAUUAACUCAUAUUACGUUUUGAGAAGGCUGACAUGAAAUCUGCACUUGCUUCCAAUUCCUCUGCAAGAAAGAGGAAAAUUAAGUCUCCUCUUAUGUCUCAGAAAAACACUUUAGAUAGUUAUUUUUCUACCCCUAAAAAGAUAUAUUCAACCCCAAAAGCUACAGUUUUGUCAAGUGAUAAAGGAUGUAAUAAAACUCUUUCCUACCCAAAACUAUCAAAACAAGACAAGAUUUCGUCCCCGAGGAGAAAUUUGAAAUCAACACCUGUUAAAAAUGGAGUUAUGAAAGAUAAACCAACUUUAAAUACCACAGGUCAUAAUAUUAUCUCAGAUAAUGCAGAAAAUGAUGAAAAUAUUGAUGAUCUAUAUGUAAGUCAAGAUCUUAAAAAAGAAAUCGGAAGCAAUUUUGGAGAAGGAACUAAUGUAGAUGUAAACCUUAUUAGUUCUAAUGUAAAAACUCCUAAACCUGAAAAAUACAUUGGAAAUAAAACACCUAUUAGGAAAGUAAGAAGCAAGCAUGAUUUAGAAUGUAAUAAAUCAGAGAUUGCAUCAACGUAUAAAAUAAGAGUAUCAGCAGGGAAGUUCAAGGAAAUUAUAUAUAAUUUCUAUAUUGAUGAUUAUUCUAAAAAUUAUAAGAAAUUGAAUAGCAAGAUUAUCCCAGACUGUUGUAACCCAGCAACUUGUGAUAAAAGACAUAAGGACACUGAUCCAAUGGAAAUUGGUACUAUAAAAAAUGCAACAUUUUUUAAUAUAUUGGAUAACCCAUUAAGUAACUGGUUAUAUGAUUACGUAUCUAAUGCUGCUUUCUCAGUAUUGAGGCCAGACCAAUACUUCAGGGAAGAUGUUUUACGCAUCCUUUUUGAUUAUAUAUUGAAUGGGACCAGUGAAAAUCACAUGAGAGCCAUUAAGCACAUUUUGAGCAGUCAUUUCCAGUUGCACCCUCCUUGCACAGAAAAAAUGAGGCAGUUCUACCUGCAUCUUCUGGACCAAGCAUACAAUUGUUUGUGUCGUUUUGAAACAGAAUUGACAAGUGAUGGUGUGCUGAGUUAUGUCAUGAAGAAGUUGAAGAUGGAAGUUCUUCAGGACAUUGGGGGAUUUGCAGACGAGAAGCAGAGUGAGUCUGACGAUUCACAGUCAAGUCAACCCAUCACCUUCGAGUUGUUAGAGGAAAGGCAUAAUAACUUUCAACCUCUACUUGAUGAUGAAUAUAAAGAGGUUAUGGACAACAUUGGUGACAUAAUGGAGAGUUCUUUUCGGGGAUCUAAGAUGCACCUACAAAAGAAUACAAUCAUAAAAAGAUUAACAGAGGCUCUGGAGUUAAUUAUUGAUCUUCUAGAAUCUGACUUUCUGAUAUGUGUCUCUAAACUGAAAAGAUACAUUGCUGAUGAAAAUGAAUCUUCUAAAGUACAGAUGCCUUUAAUACAAUCCUUCAUGAAUUCUGACUUCAUCAGCUCUGUAUUUGAAAUGUAUGCAAAAACAACAAACACAGCUCUUUGGAGACAGUUGACUAGACUUAUUGGUAUAAUGGCAGAACAAGUCCACCUAUUCAAAUUGCCUGUAGAACGGCUUUGGGAAUACCCAAACAUUCAUGAAGAUUGUUCUGCAUUUGCCACUUCUUUCUGUAGUGCAGUUGAAAAGAGAGAUUGGGAUAGCAGUGUCCAGUUACAAAGGUUGCGCGCUAUCCAGCCUCCUUGGUUGCGGUAUAAAGUGGCUAUGACUUGGGUUAACUUUCAACUGAAUAUUCGGAUACUGGACUCUGAUCUCACAGCUUUAGUUGAGAUUAUUCACAUGCAUGUAAAGAGUCCAGUCAAGUUGGAAAAACCUGUUAGAAAAGUAAAAUGUGACAAGAGAGUGAUCACCAGAAAAUCACUUGUGGACAUCAAGAAAGUGACCAAGAAAAAUCAAUAUGGGGAAACAAAACUCCACAUCCUGUGUCAAAGGAGAAACAGUAGCAUUGCAGAAAUACAGAGUGCGCUAGCCAUGCCUGAGACUGAUAUCAACGCCAAAGACAACAAUGGCUACACACCCCUACAUAAGGCUGUAAUCUACGCAUCAGUCCUCAAGACUAAAUUACUACUGCAACACCAGAUUCUCCUUGGUAAGAGUGCUGUUGAUAUUGGCGCACAGAAUAAAGCAGGAUCUACACCCCUACACGAAGCAGUAAGGGUUAAAAGUUUGGAGUUAUGUAAGCUGUUGGUGGACCAUGGAGGAGUGAGUUUACUGAGGAAAACCAACAACAGUGGGGAAACUCCUCUUGAAUGUGCCAAAGACCCAGCCAAUGAAGUACCUGAUAUUCUCCAGUAUUUUAAGGGAGUUAUGAGGAAACAAGAGCAGUUAAACUUAAGCCCUGAUUCUGAACUAAACAUAGGAGAUCAUGUGAUCCGCAUGCUAAUGAUAGCUUGUGAUGCUUUCUUUCUAGAUUAUCACACUUGGGAGUUGUAUUGUGUCCUGAAAAGUGAGGGAAAUAAUGUGAAUGCUUCACAUGAAAAGUUUAUCAUUAUUAGUAAAGCCACACUCAUUAAAUUCUCUGAAGCUCAAACACAAUUAAGAAAACUCCGUAGAAUUCUUGGCCAACUUGCUGAAAACCCUACAAAUUCUGCACUGGUAAAACUCUGGAGUUCAAAAUUACAAAACAGAUGAGAAAUGCUUUGGUUGAUCCAUAAUACUUUGAUUUUUAGACCUAUGGAGUUUCAAACCAAAUAGAAGAAAAGUCAGUCCUAAUGGAUGUGACACUAAAGACAUAAACAUAUGUUACAGAACCAAGCAAUUUUCAAAUACAUAAGUAACUUAAAUCAAGUUCCAAAGUAGUGAAGAAAUAUUACCUAUUUAUGAGGGCAAUUAAUUCAGGAAGCAAGGAACAUUUUUUUAAUAAAAAGAACCAAAUACAAGGAAAAAACAUUUUAAUAUAUUAUACAUGUGAAAUACUACUUUUUUACUUAAUACAAUUUCAGGCACUUAUCAUAGUGGUGGACAAGCCUUGAAAUUCCUGUGUCAUAGAAUUCUGCUGCAUGUAAUCUCAGCUACUCACCGUUGCAAACCGUUGUGUUCCUAGCCAAGUCUUUCAUUUUUGAGAACAAGUGAAAAUACUUGGAGCAAAAUCAGGACUGUAGGGAAAAGAUGUAGAUGAGGAAAAUAUUUCCCAGCUUAAGAAGUUAAAGAGUUCUUGCAUACAGUUUGCUGUGUGAGGUCGGACAUUGUCUUGCAAAAGCAAAAUUUUUUGAUAAUAGUUUUCCUUGGAGCUUUUCCAAGAUUUUGCAAUGUUUGAUAGUACCAUUCAGAGUUCAUUGUUGCACCAAGCUCGAAAAAAUUGAAAAUAAGAAUACUGUUGCCAUGAUCUUCUUUGUUGUCAAAGUUUGCAGACAUUUCCUUGGUUUUUUUUGGGGAACUUGUCCACCCACUCUAUGUACUGUAAUUUUGUCUCACAACUCACAUGUUUAUCCCAGGUUUUGUCUACUGUCACAAUUCGAUCCAGUAGUGCAUCACCAUGACUGUGGUAGGCUUCAAAAAAUAUCAUAGCUGCCCCCAUUCGAUGUUCGUUAUGGUGAUUUGUAAGCAUUUUUUGUACCCAUAUUCCACCAAAUUUGUGGUAGACUAGCUUCUGUGAAACAAAUUCAAAUAAUAAAGUUUGUGAAACUUAUUGAAAACUUGGAGAAAGCUCAGUUAUUGUGAAAUGGCGGUUUUCACAAAUCUUAAAAACUGCGACCAAAUUGUCAGUCACAGUGCUCAGAUGUCCACUCUUCUCUUGAUCAUGAACGUUUAUUCUGUCAUUUUAAAACUGAAUGCAUCACUUGCUGACAGAAUUUUCAGUCAUUACAUUGUUCCCAUACACUUCACACAGUUCCCGAUGAAUUUCCAUUCGAUUUAAGAUUUUGCAAAAAAAAAAAAAAAAAAAAAAUUACAGACCACACUUCACAACUGGGGGGAUUUUUGAUUGCAGCAGACAUUUCAAAUUUGAAUUCAAAACAAAACGGGCAGCUUGGAGAUGUUCCCGUUGUCACGGCUGUAUUAAAUAAAAACAGUAAAAAAAAA